CUCUCUCCUAUGUUUCCACUGACAGUGUCUCUUCUGUUGUUUGAAAUCAUGGAAAGUGGGAACACCAGUUCUGACUUCAUUCUCCUAGGUCUCUUGGGCCACUCCAGGGCCCAACAGUUUCUCUUUGGGAUGGUGCUGACAAUAGCUUUCACCUCCCUAGUGAGCAAUGCCCUAAUGAUUCUCCUGAUUCAGUGGGACCUCCGGCUCCAUACGCCCAUGUACUUCCUCCUGAGCCAACUGUCCCUCAUGGACGCCAUGGUGGUUUCCACCAUUGUGCCCAAAAUGGCUGCUGACUACUUGACUGGAAUCAAGUCCAUCUCCCCUGCCGGCUGUGGCUUCCAGAUCUUCUUCCUUCUCACUCUGGGUGGUGGAGAGUGCUUCCUCUUAGCAGCCAUGUCCUAUGACCGCUAUGUGGCCGUAUGCCACCCUCUGCGCUAUCCCAUGCUCAUGAGCUGGCCACUGUGUCUGAGGAUGACCAUGGGGUCCUGGUUCCUGGGAGCAGCUGACGGGCUGAUGCAGGCAGUUGUUGCCCUGAGCUUCCCAUUUUGCAGCAGGCGAGAGAUAGACCAUUUCUUCUGUGAGGCCCCUACACUGGUGCGCUUGGCUUGUGCUGACACGUCUGUCUUUGAGAAUGUCAUGUACAUCUGCUGUGUGUUGAUGCUCCUGGUGCCCUUCUGUCUCAUCCUGACCUCCUACAGUCUCAUCCUGGCUGCUGUCCUCCACAUGCGCUCCCCAGAAGCCCGCAAGAAGGCCUUUGCCACUUGCUCCUCACACGUGGCUGUGGUGGGGCUCUUUUAUGGAGCUGCCAUUUCUAACUACAUGAGACCCAAAUCCUACAGGUCAGCUCACUAUGAUAAGGUGGUGUCAGCCUUCUAUAGCAUCCUCACCCCUAUGCUGAACCCCCUCAUCUACAGCCUGAGGAACAGCGAGGUCAAGGGGGCCCUAAGAAAGUGUAUGGCCAGUGUGUGGCCUUGA